CCGGCUACGGGGCCCUAAACUUAUUUCCGAUCUGAGCUUGGAGCUGAACACAACCCAAAAUCUACACGGAUCCAAUCAGCAGUAGCAGUGGCCAUGAAGUGCACUUUGCUAACCACCUUGCUGGCAACCCUGGCGGUUUCCUCCUUGGCCGCCCCCUUCGAUUUGGGUGACCUCUUCACGGGCUUCCAGCCGCUGGAGAAACAGGAAGUGGUGAAGCGGCAGGUGCAGGCCAAUCCCGAUGCCGAGCUGAAGCAAAUCUCGUUCCACGGGCUGAUCGGAGAUCUGGAGGACAGUCUGUUCCAGUCGGCGUUGAGUCUCCAUUCGGCCAGUGCCCCGGGCAGCGAGGUGGAGGAGGUCAAACCCGAAUCCCCGGCUCGGAUCACAGAUGAGGAUGCAGAGGAGCACGCACUGACCAAGCGGUCGGAUGAGUCCACACCAGCUGCUACCACAGAGGCCGCUUCGCCAUCGACCGACGAUGGCCUGGCCCGCAAAAUCCUGCUGCAGACCACCAGGAAAGUGCCAAACAGUGAGGAUAGUGGGCCCGCCCACCUGAUCAUCGACCAUGUCUCGGUGCAGCCACACAACGGUGGUGCCCUGCCACUGAUUCCCACCUUCCAGGUGCACCACACCAAGCUAAUCUCGGCCACCAUCAAGGAGGAUACCAACAACGAUGGCAACCCCGAUGGCAAGCAGACCAAGAUUAGCAUUACCAAGACCUCGAUUACGUCCACGGCUCCAAUUGAAAGUGUGGAGGAGGCGGUGGCCAUAGCAGCGACCGCUUCGGAAGCGCCUUCUGCCAAGCUGGAGACCACCACUAGGGCGGCGGAAAAGGAGCAGGCGGACAAGGGCACCACUAUCUUGACCAUUGUGAGCAGUGCCACUCCAAGCACCACCACUUCCAGCACCACCACUUCCAGCACCACCACUUCCACCUCGACUUCCACCACCGAGGAACCCAUUCAGAAGCUAAAGAAGGACGAGGAGAAGCUGAAGGAGAAGGUGGCCGAGGUGGAGGCCGAUCCCGUCAUCCUCUCGGCUCGCGUUUAAUGCAAGUCCGACCCCUGUGACCCCACUAGUUGUAGCCCAUCUUCGCCCCUCAUCUUCAACCGCCUUAAACCCCCUCCCCGUCCCCUCUACUCACAUAUUUAUGACACGCCAAGUUCAAUUAAAGUCAUGUGAUCCGA